AGGUGACAACUGCAGCAUCUAGAUAAAUGCUCACAAAUACAAAUGCUUAAACAUGAACGAGGAAUGAUCUGCACUACAUGAGAUGGACGGGAUAGUAGCUAUUAGUAAUCAAUACUUGGGCACCUCUGGUGGCUCAACAUUUUUAACCUUCCUUAACUUUUUAAGGAUUUUACAAAACAGCCAACAGAAUACUCACAUCAUUCAUCGAUUAGCUGCGUAUUUUGCAAAUAAUUUCACGAUUUUCAAAAUGAAUUGAUAAAGGUUUAUUGGUUGCUCAACUCUAGUAAAUCACUAGCCUACCACUCCAUAAUUUACUAAAACCCAUAUGACAGCUAAAAACUAUAGACUGACUUCUCCACUGUUAUUAAAUGUUAUUGUUUAAAUAAUUUAAUUAAUUCAGGUGGUGGUGGUGGUGGUGGUGUAAAAUCUCCUCCGCCCUUCAUCGGUGUCAAUUUCUGACCCCAGGACUAAUGUUGCAUUAAAGUGUUUAUACUGUAAACCCAACACACUGUUCAAAAAGCUUCUGGUGGACCCUUUCUACAGUCAGUAAUUUUAUACCAGUAUGAUAUUUUAAUUGUGGGGGAACAGGACCUCAUUCUGAAUGUGAUAUAAAUAUGAUCUAAUAACUCAAUAACUACAUCCAACCACUUAAGUAUCCUCUGAACAGCUUUUGUCUCAGAUCCAGUUCUUCCCGAGACUUCCCCUGACAUCUGUAAUAACUGUGAUAUCAUAAACAUUAUGAUGUAAUUAGUUAUAUGUUUACACUGAGAAAAAUGACUAACAACGUACCCUUCGUUGACAUUAUGGAUGCAUAUUUCGUACAUUUAAUGUUUUUUUUUUUACAUUUAAAGUGCAUAAUGUGUAACUUUAAUAUAUUAAUCUGAAAACUAAUUAUAGGUGUGCAACAGUGUACCUUAAAUCAAAUUAAAGUGACCUUUCCCUCCGUUUAAUUAUUUGGUUUUGUAACAAAGUACCAAAAUAAUAUUAUGAAAGAAAUUAUAAUUUUUUUUUUUUUUUUAGAGAAAAACGUAUGUUAUUAAGAAAAUGAAGAACUUAUGGGAUACUUGCCAGUUCACAUGCAAGUAGGCUAUAGGUCUCUUGUCUGAGUGCUUUAGGUGCCGCCCACAUAUUAACACCUCAUUAGAUUAAGUAACAGCUGCAUUUAGGAUGGAAUGCACACAUGUUGUUCCUCUGUGUGCUGGUAGGCUUAUAAAUGUGGACCAACAGUUUUCUGAAUCCAGACCUACCUGAAGUCAGACUUGGACUUUUUAGCCAUGACUAAAACAGUGUAUGGAAGUUUUAGGCCUGUAAUGAGAGAGGGCCGAAAAUAUCAAAGACACAUGAAGGGAACAUUCAUUGGACUUAUUGCAUAUGUCAUUCAAGAUUCUCCCAGCAAGAUGCUCACCUUCAAACAGAUUAUGAGUAAAAUGGAGGUUCUUGUCACCGGGCACAGGAAAGGUCUCGAAAACAACAUCAGAGUCUGUCUGUCAUCCAACAAGUGUUUUGUAAAGGUUCCCAUUGACCCGGAGUACCCGAAUGCUAAGAGGAACUUUUGGAAAGUGGAUGAGAGCAGCAUCACCCCGAGGAUGGUGCGGCGUCAUUUCAGUGAUAUGGCUGAGCUUUUCCCCGGACUGCCUGCCGAAUGGGACAGAAAACCAACACCUCCACCUGCUCCCUCACCAGUCUGUCCCGGCAAGAUGGAUCACCGUCCGACCAAAUUUACCGGUCCUUUUUCAAUAGAGUCGCUGUUAAAGAAGGAUCAUGUCCCUCAGGUGAAGAUCAAUAUGCAACAAGCAGCUCAAACCCUCCCCAACACUAACCCCUGCUUUCCGGAUGAGCAUUACAACAGAACAGCGACCACAGACUCACUUACAUGUUUAGACAGAGAGAACAGACAGCACAGCUGGUAUUACAGAUCAGUGGAGGAGGCCAGCUGGAGGAAGCCUGUCCAGAGGAUGGAUUCAUCUCCUGAGCUGCAUCAUGCAUUGCUGUAUUCACCACCCUUUCCUUAUGAUCAGGCUGUAUUCACUAAAGUGUCGAGCUCUCCACCAAACACACACGAGCUCAGGUACAGGAAAUUGUAA